UCAUUUCCUCCUCGAGCUAGGCUCACCCGCUGCCCGAGCUUCUCAGGCCGGGAGAGUAGGCGGAGCAGGGCGGUGCGGGGUGGCGUAGCACUGGAGGGUGAUGGUGGUGGAGCUGCUGGGGGCGGAGGCAACGUAGCCCCCGAGGAAAAGGAGCUCUGCGUCGCCUGAGACGAGCGGAGGAUGGAGAGCCGGCCUGGGUCCUUCCAGUACGUCCCCGUGCAGCUGCAAGGGGGGGCGCCCUGGGGCUUCACCCUGAAGGGGGGUCUGGAACACUGCGAACCGCUCACAGUGUCUAAGAUUGAAGAUGGGGGCAAGGCAGCCUUGUCCCAGAAGAUGAAAACCGGUGAUGAACUAGUGAAUAUCAAUGGCACUCCACUGUAUGGAUCCCGCCAAGAGGCCCUUAUCCUCAUCAAAGGCUCCUUCCGGAUCCUCAAGCUGAUAGUCAGGAGGAGAAACGCCCCUGUCAGUAGGCCACACUCAUGGCAUGUGGCCAAGCUGCUGGAGGGAUGCCCUGAAGUGGCUACCACCAUGCAUUUCCCUUCUGAAGCCUUCAGCUUGUCCUGGCAUUCCGGCUGCAACACAAGUGACGUGUGUGUGCAGUGGUGUCCACUCUCCCGGCACUGCAGCACUGAGAAAAGCAGCUCCAUUGGCAGCAUGGAGAGCCUGGAGCAACCAGGCCAAGCUUCCUAUGAGGGCCACCUCUUGCCCAUGGAUCAGAACAUGUACCCCAACCAGCGUGACUCAGCCUAUAGCUCCUUCUCAGCCAGCUCAAAUGCCUCUGACUGUGCCCUUUCCCUCAAGCCAGAAGAACCAGGCUCUGCAGACUGCAUUAUGCUAGGCCCGGGGCCAACAAAAGCUGCCAGUGGCCGGCCCAAUGUGACUGAGACCUCUGGAGGUAGCCGGCGCACCACCAAUGGGGGCCACCUGACUCCCAGCUCCCAGAUGUCAUCCCGUCCACAGGAGGCCCACCACUCUGGGCCUGCCAAGGCUACCACAGGCCCACCACAGCCUCCAGUGAGGCGAGACAGUCUUCAGGCCUCCAGAGCCCAGCUCCUUAAUGGAGAGCAGCAUUGGACCUCUGAGCAUGUGGACUCCUUGCAGCAGAAGGAGAUAGUGAGCUUAGACACCGUGCUAUCCCCAAGGAACCCUAACAGGUUCUGCUACCUCAGUGGGCAAGACCAAGUGACAAAUGAGGGCCAUCAGAACUGUGAGCUCAGCCAAGGUCCUGAAUCCGGCCAGCAGGACUCUGAGCAGCUACUGAUGGAGGCCUCAGCCAAAGCCGUUGGAUUCCCAAAAGUGUAUGACAAAGCUUCCAGCAUAGAUUCCAGCCCACUCAAGAAGGCUUCAGCAGAACCAACUAAGGCUGCUUCUCUUGGCAGCCCUCCACACCUCACAGGACCCACGGGGCAUCGUCAUAGUGCCCCUGAACAGCUUCUGGCAUCCCACUUACAGCAUGUACACCUUGAUAUGAGGGGCAACAAGGGAAUGGAGCUCCCAACCGGGGAGGAUGGGCAUGAGUGGACUCUGUCACCUUUGCAUAGCAGCCACACAGGGAAUAAAAGUCCAUGUUCCUCCACAGGAAGAGCCCAGGACCAGCCUAGCAAAGAGAGAAAGACCAGGCAAGUGGAUGACAGGUCUUUGGGUUCAGGACACCAGAGCCCAAGCAGUUCCCCACAUGGAGAGGCUGAUGGACACCCUCCAGAGAUAAGUUUCCAGGACCCAAACAGAGCCUGUAGAGCAAGCAGUGAAUUAGCCAGCCAGCAGCCCUCUGCCUCUGGCUCCCUUGUUCAACAAACCAGAGAUUGUUAUUCAACCACUAAAGUAGCUGGCAGCAUGGAGGCUACUGAAGAAGGGGACAGUGAACCCAAGGAAUGUGGCCUGGUAGGUGGGAGACGAAAUAGAGGGCCCCGGGGCCGCUCAAUCCAAAACCGGCGUAAGAGUGAGCGUUUUGCUACCAAUCUGCGUAAUGAGAUUCAGAGGAGGAAGGCCCAGCUCCAGAAGAGCAAGAAUCCCUUGUCACAGCUGUGUGACACUAAGGAGCCAGUGGAAGAGACUGAGGAGCCCCUAGAAAGUACUCCACGUUCUGCCUCGAACUCAUGUCUUCUAUCUUCAUAUAAAAAACCACCUAGCCCCAGGGACAAGCUCUUCAACAAGAGCAUGAUACUCAAGGCUAGGUCUUCAGAGUGCCUCACCCAAGCCACUGAGAGCCAUGAAUCUAGGACAGGCUUAGAGGGACAAAUAAGCCCUGGCCAGAGGCCUGGCCAGUCCUCUUUUGGCCUGAACACCUGGUGGAAAGCAUCUGACCUGUCCUCCUCAGACUCUGAGAAAACAAAUGUUCACCGUGGAGUCUGUGGAGGUCACUGGAGAUGGUCUCCAGAGAACAACCUACAGCCACAUGUGGCACUAUCCAUGGAAGGCCCUUCUAACCCAAGUGACAGCAAGGAAUUGAAGGUUUCUACUGCCCAAGCUGGGGAGGAAGCCAUCCUCCUUCCCUUUGCAGACAGAAGAAAGUUCUUUGAAGAGAGUAGCAAAUCUUUAUCUACAUCACAUUUGCCAGGUUUAACCACUCAUAGCAAUAAGACUUUUACCCAGAGACCAAAACCUAUAGACCAAAACUUCCAGCCAAUGAGCUCCAGCUAUAGGGAAUUGAGGCGCCAUCCAAUGGACCAAUCAUAUCAUUCUACAGACCAACCAUAUCAUGCCACAGACAAAUCAUAUCAUUCGGUGUCACCCCUUCAGUCAGAAACUCCUACAUACUCAGAAUGUUUUGCAAGCAAAGGUCUAGAACCAUCCAUGUGCUGUAAGUCGCUGCACUGUGGGGAUUUUGACUACCACAGGACCUGCUCCUACUCCUGCAGUGUCCAGGGAGCCAUAGUCCAUGACCCUUGCAUGUAUUGUUCUGGGGAAAUCUGCCCUGCUUUGCGAAAGAGAAAUAUGAUGCCAAACUGCUACAACUGUCGGUGCCACCACCACCAAUGCAUCCGGUGUUCAGCUUGCUAUCAUAAUCCCCCGCACAGUAGCCCUGAGGAUGGCAGUUUGGCACCUAGCAACACUUGGAAACCCAGGAAGCUGACAGUGCAGGAAUUUCCUGGGGAUAAAUGGAAACCAAUAACAGGAAACAGGAAGACCAGCCAGUCAGGGAGAGAAAUGGCUCGUUCCAAGGCUAGCUUUUCGUGGGCAACUCCGUUCGAUCCUUGCCUUGAGAACCCAGCACUGGGCUUGUCAAGCUACCGAGCAGUCUCUUCUCUUGACCUCCUUGCAGACUUCAAGCACUCUUCAAAAAAAACAGAGGAAACUUCUGUUUAUGAGGAGGGGAGCUCCAUGGCCUCCAUGCCCCACCCACUGCGCAACCGUGCCUUCUCCGAAAGCCAUAUAAGCUUGGAGCCCCAGAGCUCCCUGGCCUGGCGGCAGCAUAGGAGAGAGCUCUUUACCAAGGUUGAGACCCAACCGGAUCCUCUGGGAGCCAGGAAGAAGGCCUUUCCUCCUCCUCGCCCUCCUCCUCCCAACUGGGAGAAGUACAGGCUUUUCCGUGCAGCCCAGCAGCAGCAGAAGCAGCAGCAACAGCAGCAGAAGGAGGAGGAGGAAGAGGAGGAAGGGGCAGAGGAGGAAGAGGAGGGGGAGGAGGAGGAGGAGCUGCCACCCCAGUAUUUCAGUUCAGAAACCACUGGUACCAGUGCCCUCAAUCCUGAAGAGGUCCUGGAGCAGCCACAACCCCCGGGCUUUGGCCACCUGGAGGAUUCAAGGCAGGGAUCAGAAAGCCUCUCAGCAGAGCAAGAGUCCUUUGGUCUCCAUUCCAGCAAUUUCCUGCCUCCAAUAAGGGGACACUUGAGCUCUCAACCUGAGAAGGCUCAGCCCCCUUGCUAUUAUGGUAUUGGUGGCCUUUGGAGAACAUCAGAGAAGGAGACCACUGAUUCCCCCAAACCAGAAGCCUUGAUGGCAGAAGAGUCCAAACCCAAGCCAGCAUGGAGCCAGAGCUACUUCUUUCCUGAGGAGCAGUUCUCUUUCAUGGGCUGGAGCUCUGAGAAGCAGCACCUCAGUCCCAUGGGCUUCAGUGAAUCCAAGACAACAGGACAAGAGUUUCAGCACUUCUUACCUCCUCCAGGGACCCCAGGGAUCCCCACCUCUUACUCAGCUUAUUACAAUAUUUCGGUGGCCAAGGCAGAGCUGUUGAAUAAGUUGAAAGACCAACCUGAGAUGGCAGAGACUGGCCUGGGAGAGGAAGAAGUUGACCAUGAACUGGCUCAAAAAAAGAUACAGCUUAUUGAAAGCAUUGGCAGAAAACUGUCGGUCCUGCGGGAGGCCCAGCGAGGACUGCUAGAAGACAUCAGUGCCAAUUCUGCCCUUGGGGAGGAGGUGGAGGCCAACCUGAAAGCUGUCUGUAAAUCCAAUGAGUUUGAAAAAUACCGCUUGUUUAUCGGGGACCUGGACAAAGUGGUCAACCUGUUGCUGUCACUCUCUGGACGACUAGCCCGGGUGGAGAAUGCUCUCAACAGCAUUGAUUCAGAAGCUAACCAGGAGAAGUUGGUGCUGAUAGAGAAGAAGCAGCAGCUGACAGGGCAGUUGGCAGAUGCCAAGGAGCUGAAGGAGCAUGUGGACCGCCGGGAGAAGUUGGUGUUUGGCAUGGUCUCCCGCUACCUGCCUCAGGACCAGCUCCAAGAUUACCAGCACUUUGUGAAGAUGAAAUCUGCUCUCAUCAUCGAACAGCGAGAGCUGGAAGAGAAAAUCAAGCUUGGGGAAGAACAGCUCAAAUGUCUCAGGGAGAGCCUACUCCUGGGGCCCAGCAAUUUCUAAUUCCACCAGCAGACUGUCACACCAUCCCUGCCCAGCCACAACGGGAAGUGCUUUCAGUCUUCAUUAGCAGUUUGUUAGCAAGUAGAUAGCAGUUUAGUUAGCAGUUUGUUCCAUAUCCUCUACCUUGGACAUCUCUCACUACCCCUUACCUAGCAUUGCUCCCAACCAGCUAGGAGUUCCUGCUGAGGCCCCCAAGCCUCUACUCUAGGGAAUAGAUGCAAGAGCUAGGAGCUGCCUGCAGCAAAGGGUGAUCAUACAACCACACUCCCCUUCCCACGGUUUGCACAGGCAAGUGCUCACCACACACAGAACCAACAAAGUGCCUUCAUUCUUCUUGGUCCAAGGACUGCAAAGACACCAUGCACUCACCACCCACCCAUGCCCCAAUCAGCCUCUCAAGGCUCAGAGAGAAGCUGCCUGUGCAGCUCCAUUCUGCCCAAGGCUCAAAGCCCAGCCAUUUCCCACAGAGAUCUGGCUGUCUUGAGAGCAUCACUUCCCACCAGUUUAAGGGCCUCACCUAAGCUUUACAGUGGGAAGCACAGAAGGAGAAAUUACACUAAACAGAAUGUGAACAAAGAUCGGGAAUCCCUAGGUGCCCUGCCGAAGCUAGGUUUAAACAAAUGGGAUCCACCCCCACUGGCCC